UUGAACCUCACACAUCCUACAAGAGCAUCCCCACUCCACACUCACCCCUCACUGAGCACAGGAUGGACCCCCUGCCUCUGCUCCUCUACCUCUGCACAGUGCUGGCACCAAGCCGUGGAUUCAGUGUGGACGUGGAGGGACCCAUCACCUUCCAGGAGGCAGCAGCAGGGUUUGGGCAGAGCAUGUUGCAGUUCGGGAGUGCCAGUGAUGGGGGGCUGAUCAUCGGUGCCCCGCUGCAGACAGGAAACGUGAAUGAAACCGGCAAAGUCUACAAGUGCGACCCGGGCUCUGGACACUGCCAGGAGAUCCCCACCCAGAGGUCCCCAGAUGCCAUGGACAUGUCCCUCAGUCUGUCUCCAGCUGCCCAAGGUUCCCAGUUACAGGUGUGCGGCCCCACGGUGGAACAGGCCUGUGGGGAGAACAAGUACGUCAGUCACAACUGCUACCCUCUGCAGCAGAGCUUCUUGCAACUCCAACACAACCGGGACACCCGGCCAGAGUGUCCCAAACAUGUCACGGACAUAGCGCUUCUCAUCGACGGCUCGGGCAGCAUCGCACCUGUGGACUUUGAAAAGAUGAAGAUGUUUGUCUCUGAGAUCAUGAAGCGUUUUCGCAGCACCGACACGCAGUUCGCCCUCAUGCAGUACUCGGAUAAAUUUACAGAGCACUUCGACUUCUCACAGUACAGGAGAAGUCGCGACCCUGAUGACCUUGUCAGAUCGGUCAUACAGCUUUGGGGAAUGACGCACACGGCCACCGCCAUCCGGAAAGUGGUGCGGGAGCUGUUCACCUCUGGGAGAGGCGCUCGGGAUGAAGCCACCAAGAUUCUCAUGGUGAUCACAGAUGGGCAGAAAAAUGGCCCACUUUCUUAUUCAGACGUCAUACCUGAGGCUGAGCGAGCUGGAAUCAUCCGCUAUGCCAUCGGGGUCGGCAAGGGAGGUCAACACGAGCUCCAGGAGAUCGCCUCUAAGCCCACCAGGAAGUAUAUCUUCGGGGUGGACAAUUUCAACACCCUCGAGUGCAUCGAGACCCAGCUGCAGGACAAGAUCAUCAUCUUGGAAGGUUAUUCAUCUCAGGUCAUCACAGCCAAAGGACAGAGCAUCUACAUGGUCGGGGCCCCUCUAUGCCAAGGCACCGGCAAAGUCGUCCUGUUCAGCCGAGAUACCAAGGGUGGGGAAUGGACACCUGGACCAGAGCUGUUGGGAGAUCAGACUGGCUCAAAUUUCGGGAGUAUACUGUGUGCUGUGGACCUCGACAGAGAUGGGAACAUGGACCUGAUUCUAAUCGGAGCCCCAAUGUACCAUACACCUCUGAAUGGAGGACGGGUCUAUAUCUGCCCGAUUAACUUGCCGGGGACGACGAUGGUCUGCAACAAGACGCUACAUGGGCAGACGGGGGAAGUGUCUGGGCGCUUUGGGGCCAGCAUGUCUGAAAUCGGGGACAUCAGCGGGGACGGACAGACGGACGUCGCCAUCGGGGCUCCCAUGGAGAACGACAAUCAUGGGGCCUUGUACAUCUUCCAUGGGGAAAAGGGAGGCCUCAGUCCCCAGUACAGACAGCGCAUACAGGGGUCACAGUUUCCCAGCAGGCUGCACUACUUUGGCCAGGUUGUCAGUGGCGGGACAGAUCUGACGGGGGAUGGGCUGCCGGACAUCACGGUGGGGGCACAAGGGCAGGUCCUGCUGCUGAGGUCCCGGCCGGUGCUCAGAGUCAGCGUCUCCAUCAGCUUCCAGCCCCCAAACAUACCCACCUCGGCCUUUGACUGCCAGGGGCAGGAGCAGCUCAACACAGAAGCCACCAGGGCAGAGGUCUGCUUCACCGUCACUCAGAGCACCAUGGACAGCCUAGGUGACGGGAUCUUCAGCACCAUCCAGUACAGCCUGGCCCUGGACCCCGAGCGGACGAAGAUCCGAGUCACCUUCGAUUCCACCGGCCCUGUCCUGAGCAGGAAGCUGCAACUCAGCAUUGAGAAGAAAUGUGAGACGUACCGGAUAAUGUUACCUCUCUGCCCUGAGGACACACUGACCCCCAUCACCCUACGCUUCAACUACACCCUGACAGGGGAGCCCAUCGCUGCCGCCGGUGGCCUCAGACCCAUCCUGAGCGAGGACUCUGUGCUGGUGUCUGCAGGUUCGCUCCUGUUUCAGAAGGACUGCGGCGCGGGUGGCCGCUGCAAUGACCAGUUAGCAGUCUCCUUCAAUUUCUCUGGCUUGAGCACCCUGGUGGUGGGGGUCACCCCUGAAAUCAACACCACCGUCUCCAUCCAGAAUCACGGGGAGAAUUCCUACAACACCACAGUGCAGUUCUUCUACCCGGCCGCACUGUCCUACCGCCGGGUCCUGCUGCUCCAGUCUAACAGGAGGGCCGUGGCCGUUAAGUGCAGCUCGGCCGUGGGCUCCGAGGAGCAGACUCAGAGGAACAGCACCUGCCACAUCAACCACCCCAUCUUCUGGAGUGGAGCCGAGGUCAUCUUUGUUGCCACUUUCAGCGUCUCCUCUGAGGCCGAUCUGGGGGACAGGCUGCAGAUCACAGCCAAGGCCAGCAGUGACAAUGGCGGCCUCAUCACCGAGCGCAUGAUGCACCGGGCGGAGCUGCCAGUCAAGUACGGCAACUUCAUCAUCCCCACCAGCCUUGAGGAGUCGACCAAGUACGUCAGCUUCUCCGCCAAGGCGGCAGGGACAAGUGUGCCAGUGACACAUCGGUACGAGGUCAAGAACCUGCGGCAGCAAAGCAUCCCCAUCUCGGUCACGUUCCAGUUCCCCGUGGAGCUGAACGGGGUCCGGGUGUGGGACGCCUCUGAGGUCGUCCCCUCUAAGCCCCAGCUGGCUCAGUGCAACAGUGAGUCUGAAACGCCUGGUUCAAAGGACUUUGUGAAGCAGAUGAGCAAGCGCCCCCUGCUGGACUGCUCUGUGGCCACCUGUAAGAAGAUCCGGUGCAGAAUCGCCUCCCUGGAAACGCAGCAGUCGCUGGAGUUCAUGAUCAAAGGGAACGUCAGCUUCCAGUGGGUCUCCCAGACUCAGCAGCAGAAAGUGAGUCUGGUGAGCGAGGCCCGGAUUGAAUACGAGGAGGAGAAAUACACCCAGAAGGAGGGAUUCAUCCGGCGCCAGGUGCAGACGGUGGUGGAGCGCUCCGAGGUCUAUAACUACCUGCCCAUCGUCGUGGGCAGCAGCGUGGGGGGCUUGGUCCUGCUGGCUCUCAUCACCGCAGCCCUCUACAAGCCUUGCUCAUGUGGAAGUUGGCAACCAGAUGAGGUCUCAGGAAAGAAAUGUCCCUGCCUGAAUUUGCCUUUAGGCCGUAAACGGUCAUCAAGAAGAAAGGGAAACAAAACAAGCUCAAUCGUGUGAGGAAAAGCCAGCUGAGAACAUCCUUCCACAUAAACUCUGUGUGUCCUAGUGCCCAGCUGGAAAUGUUUUUCAACAGUGAGACUGAAACUAUAAAAAGCAGGGACAACCCCUCCUUCCCUGCCCAUGGCAUUCACUGCACCUGAAGAGAGAAAGGAAGUAUUCACUGAAUGCUGAGGAAGAGGGCCUGACAUACACAGUUUGAUCUGGAAGGCUUCUGAAAGCAUGUGGUGAGAAACUUUACUUGAAUAGGCUAUAGUUUAAGUUAGGCACUAGUAAAUGUUUCAUCUUUAUUUUCUUUGUAACCAUUUCUGACUUUUAUUCCUCAUUAGUUGGAUUCACUUAAAAUCUCUCUUUGUAGUUAAUAAACUUGUUUUAU